GGAGAGGGACGGGUUUAGCUGGCAUUGACUUGGAUUGGCUUGGUUUGCGUCGGGACUUUGUCGGAACUUUGUCUGGACUUUGGGACAUGUGGCGCCGUCUCCUCCGCGCUACUCCGCCCCGGGCCUCGGUCCAGACUGAGCCGAACCGGGCCGAAUCGUGAGGAAUGCCCCGGAGAGACGCUCGAAGCCCGGCCACAGCGGCACCGAUCCACCCGCUGAUCACAGGAAGAUGAAGGCAGCGGUGUUUGUGACUGUGCUCAGUCUGCUCCUCUGUGUGGACAGCUCCAAAACCAAGAACUCAUCCAGGUCUGAGCCCGGCUGGACCCUGGACACAAGACCAGACCAGGAUCUGGGACUGGACCAGGAUCUGGGACUGGACCAGGAUCUGGGACUGGACCAGGAUUUGGGACUAGACAAGGAUUUGGGACCAGACAAGGAUUUGGGACCGGACAAGGAUUGGGGAAUAGAGCAGGAUCUGGGACCGGAGCAGGAUCUGGGACCGAACCAGGAUCUGAGACCGGAUCAGAAGCCAAGGAGACCACAUCUGAUCUUCAUCCUCAUCGAUGACCAGGGCUAUAAUGACAUUGGGUAUCAUAACCCCAGGAUUCGUACCCCCACCCUGGACCGCCUGGCGUCAGAGGGAGUGAGACUGGAGAGUUACUACGUUCAGCCGAUCUGUACGCCGUCACGCAGCCAGCUGCUCACUGGGAGGUACCAGAUCCACACAGGUCUGCAGCACUCGAUCAUCCGCCCGCAGCAGCCAAACUGCCUCCCCUCUCAGCUGGACACUCUGCCCCAGAGACUGCAGCGCCUCGGCUACAAAACUCACCUGGUGGGCAAGUGGCACCUGGGCUUCUGCAGGAAGUCGUGUCUCCCAACAAGGAAAGGCUUCGACACCUUCUUCGGUUCUCUCACAGGAAGUGUGGACUACUACAGUUACGGCUCGUGCGAUGGUCCUGGUGUCUGCGGAUACGAUCUUCACGAGAACGAGAGUGUGGCGUGGCAUCAGGAGGGACGAUACUCCACGACUCUGUUCACCCAAAGAGCCCGAAAGAUUCUACAAAGCCACUACCCGCCAGAGAGGCCACUGUUCCUUAUGCUCUCCCUACAGGCCGUGCACACACCACUGGUCUCGCCAACGUCCUACCAGUACCCGUAUCACGCCAUGACCAAUCUGAGCCGCCGCAAACUAGCCGCGAUGGUGUCGACUGUGGACGAGGCCGUGAAGAAUGUGACCUACGCCCUCAGGAAGACCGGCCUCUACAAGAACUCUGUGAUCAUCUACUCCACCGACAAUGGAGCCCAGCCCUUCACUGGAGGAAGCAACUGGCCCCUGAGAGGACGCAAGGGGACUUACUGGGAGGGAGGAAUCCGCGCUGUCGGUUUUGUCCACAGUCCGCUGCUCAAACGCAGGAGACGAGUCUCCACAGACCUGCUCCACAUCACAGAUUGGUUCCCCACUCUGGUCCGACUGGCAGGAGGAGACCCAGACCAGAGUCCGGGUCUGGAUGGGUUCGACAUGUGGCCGACCAUCUCUGAGGGAAAACCAUCUCCACGAACUGAGAUCCUUCACAACAUCGACCCACUCCACAAGAACUACAAACCCUCUACAGCCUGGGACAGCUCUGGCAACGGGUCAGUGAAGAGACCCACAUUUAAAAAAACUCAGAAAAAGAAAAAAAAGAUUCUGAGGCAGAAGCCGAAGCAGAAAUCAACGUUUAAAGUGAAAAAGAAACACAAAAAAACAUUCCCAAAACGAUUACGUAAAAACCAGAGACGAGAUGCCGGAGGGAGCAAGGCCCAGAGGAAGAUUGGGGUUCAGAGGAAGACCAGGGUCCAGAGGAAAUCUGGUGUCCAGAGGAAGAUGGGGGUCCAGAGGAAGACCAGGGCAGAGUCCAGGCAGCGCUACAAGAAGUUUAAAUCCAAGUACUACAACAUGACCCUCCCGACCUCCAACCCAAAGUCCAGACCUGAGAUCUGGUCCAAACCUGGUCCUGAGUCCUGGUCCAGUCCAGAGCCUGAUCCGCUCAGCCCUGGUGAAUUGUGGGAUACAUCAGUGCAGGCAGCCAUCAGAGUGGGCGACUGGAAGCUCCUAACCGGAGAUCCUGGUCACGGAGAUUGGGUUCCUCCUCAGAUCCUCCCGUCUCUUCCCGGUCGCUGGUGGAAUCUGGAGCGAUCAUUUUCGUUCUCUCAUAAAUCCAUGAAACAUUCCAGUGUGUGGCUCUUUAACAUCAGCGCGGACCCGUACGAGAGGCAGGACGUGUCGGACCAGAGACCAGAGAUAGUCCAGGUCCUACUCCAGCGUCUGGCCCAUUACAACCGGAGUGCUGUACCUGUGGUGUUCCCCCCCGAUGACCCCAGAGCCAACCCAACAAGGCGCAGAGGAGCCUGGGAGCCCUGGAUCCCAGAGGAGGAAGGUACAGAGGAGGAAGAGGGUGUGGAGGAGGUGCAGAGGAGCAGUGGAGCAGAGGAGAAGGAGGUGCAGAGGAGUAACAGUGGAGCAGAAAAGAAAGACAAGAACAAGAAGAAGAAGGAGAAGAGGAGGAGAGGAAAGUGUCACCUCUGCAAACUCAAAGCUUUUUUCCACAAACUCAACUCAAGAAUGUUGGCAAACAAGAUUUGAACCAGGACUAGACCAGGACUGAAGCAAGUCUGAAACAAGUCUUAAUCAGGGCUGAAUCCAUAGCAUACUUCAGAACUAGGCCUAAGGUACUAAACCAGUCUGAAUCAGGACUGAACCUCAUUGAGGCUUAUCUGACAGGACAUGAAGAGAGAGACAUGUUGAACUUGCCGGGACCUGAACUCAUGACGCUGUGGUUUCGUUGCAUAUGCGCUGCAGCUGUGUACCACUGAGCCACACAGCCUUUUGCACAAAUGAGGCAGACACCAUUUUGAGCCAAAUCCUUCUCAGAAAAUAUCUGACUUUUUGAACGUUUUUUAGUGAUGUAGAUCAUGUUAUUGUUUUUAAAGGAUGUGUGGUCAAGCAUGAGAUGAGACAAGCACCAUAAAAGUGACAUAGUGCAGCUUUAAGGUUUGAAGAAAAAUUUGAGUUUUAACUGAAAUACCACUAAUGAACAGUUCUGAUUAUUUUUUAUAGUUUUAAAAUGUGAAUAUACAUACAUGUUUUUUUCCUAGUUCUGAAUGUGAAGGACUAGACUGUGAUUAAAAAUGUAUAUAUAUAU